AAAUUCCAUAACUGGAAAAGCUGAACAUGACACAGAAGUAUGAAAGUCGCCGUCGUGGAGCGUACUGUCGUGUAAGCAGCACCACCAAUGCACAGCCACAUGUGAUAGCACAUUGAAGCGUUCGCAGUGUCUCAUUGUGUUCGGUGCCAUGGAGGAAUCGGAGCCCCUUUUGCCUGGCCGCUCGGAGAACAGGAGAGCCAACGGCCACUGCAGAUGGAGUCUUCGCACCCCCAACAUGGACCCCAGGGUGGUGGAGGAUCUGAGGCGCAGGCUCAAGUACUUCUUCAUGAACCCUUGCCAGAAGUACAAAGCUCGAGGCCGCAAGCCGUGGAAGCUGAUGCUCCAAAUAUUCAAAAUUGCCCUCAUCACCGCCCAGCUGGUCUCAUUCGGACUGAGCAAUGAGAUGAUGGUCACUUUCAAAGAUGACAACCUGAUGGCAUUCCGUCAUCUCUUCCUGAAAGGAUACAAGGACCGCAAUCUUGGAGGUCAUGUUUUGCACACCAAAACAGACGUGUUCGAGCACAUCGACUACAUCAUCAACAGGUACAUCAAUCUCCAAAACCUGACAGUAGGUAAUCUGGCUUAUGAGAAGAUUGAUGGAGAGUACACCCCACUGUUGGUCUGCCAAGAGUUUUACCGGAACAGCAACAUCGACCCCGGAAACGAGACCUUCUACAUUGAUCCGCACGUUGAAACUGAAUGCAUUUCCAUCUACCCUGUGCUGUCAUUGGACAAUGGCAGUCUGGCCGCGCCCCUCAACUUCUCUUUGGACUUUAGAAGGCUGCUGUCAGUCAACGUUUACUUCACCCUGAAAACCAUCAACCUGCAGACCGUGAGGCACCACGAGCUUCCCGAUUGUUACGUCUUCCACGUGGUGAUCACGUUCGAUAAUCACGCCCACAGCGGAAAUAUCAAAGUGGCGGUUGGAAACGACGUCACCAUCAAUGAAUGCAGAGACUGGAAUGUGGAGGGCACUUCUGGAAAAAACGACUACCUCCUGCUCUUCUUCGAUUCCGUGGUCAUCCUCGCUUGCUUCACCUCGCUGAUCCUCUGCAUACGUUCUGUCGUCAACGGCAUCCAGCUCCAGUUUGAGUUCAACACAUUCUUCCACGCAUACUACAAUAAAAUUGUGACUAUGUCCGACCGCUUGGAGUUUGUGAAUGGCUGGUACAUCCUCAUCAUUGUCAGCGACACGCUGACCAUCGUGGGUUCGACUUUGAAGAUCGGAAUACAGACAAAGUUCAUGACCAGUUAUGACGAGUGCAGCAUUUUGCUGGGAACAGCAACCAUGAUGGUGUGGGUGGGCGUGAUCCGGUACCUCGGUUUCUUCAAGAAAUACAACAUCCUAAUCUUGACUUUGAGAGCGGCUUUCCCAAACGUGAUCCGAUUCUGCUGUUGCGCAGCCAUGAUCUACCUCGGUUACUGUUUCUGCGGCUGGAUUGUGCUUGGGCCGUACCACGACAAAUUCCGGACCUUUGACAAAGUGACCGAAUGUCUCUUCUCGCUGAUCAACGGCGACGACAUGUACGCGACCUUCCUGAAGAUGCCCGAUAAUGGCUACAUGGUGUGGCUCUUCAGUCGCCUCUACCUCUACUCUUUCAUCUCUCUCUUCAUCUACAUGGUGCUCAGCCUCUUCAUCGCUCUCAUCACCGACACCUACGAGACUAUCAAGGUUCCAACCUGCAUGCUGCGUUCAAAUGACCCCAACCUGAUUUUCAAACUGUCGCAGCAUCAUCAGCAAGAAAAAGUGCCGGUGUCCCAGCUCCAGGCCUUCAUAGCCGAGUGCAGAGACGAGCCCGAGUCUGGACGCUACCAAACAGACGAGGAGCCACUUUCUUCCUGCCUCUUGUCUUGUUUUUGCUGUGGCUGCAGGAAGAAGAUUUGACUUCUGUUGCUAAUUGUCUUAUAAUCAUUCUGUUUUGGAAUCAAAUCGUCUAUAUGAAGAACAUCAUUUUUUAUUGUGUAAAAACUACAAUGUUUAAAUUAAAUUAUUCCAGUAAUUCGUAAACUAUGGCACUGUCGGUUUGAAUAAAAGGGUUUAAGAAAUGA